CCGGCCCCUCCCCGGCGGUGCGGCGGCGACGGCCCGCGCUCUCAGAGUCCGAGCGGCCGGGCUGGCGCCCGGGGCGACCCCGGCGCCCCGCCCGCCGCCGCCUGACUUCUCCGGCGCCCGAGGUCGCGCGCGCUCAGGCGGGGGCGGCUGGGGAUCUCCAAGCGCCGGCGCUCCCUCCUCCCGCCCGCCCCGCGCCCGCCCGCUCGGCGGCGGCGGAGGAGGCGGAGACGGCUGGCAGGCGGCGGCCAGGCGAGCGCGGCGGCCGGACCGGGGCCAUGGCGCCCGCGCAGCGCCCGCUGCUGCCGCUGCUGCUGCUGCUGCUGCCGCUGCCGCCGCCGCCGCCCUUCGCGCGCGCCGAGGACGCCGCCCGCGCCAACUCGGACCGCUACGCCGUCUACUGGAACCGCAGCAACCCCAGGUUCCACGCGGGCGCGGCGGACGACGGCGGCGGCUACACGGUGGAGGUGAGCAUCAACGACUACCUGGACAUCUACUGCCCGCACUACGGGGCGCCACUGCCGCCGGCCGAGCGCAUGGAGCACUACGUGCUGUACAUGGUCAACGGCGAGGGCCACGCCUCCUGCGACCACCGGCAGCGCGGCUUCAAGCGCUGGGAGUGUAACCGGCCCGCGGCGCCCGGGGGGCCGCUCAAGUUCUCGGAGAAGUUCCAGCUCUUCACGCCCUUCUCGCUGGGCUUCGAGUUCCGCCCGGGCCAUGAGUACUACUACAUCUCUGCCACGCCCCCCAAUGCUGUGGACCGACCCUGCCUGCGGCUGAAGGUUUACGUGCGACCGACCAAUGAGACCCUGUAUGAGGCCCCCGAGCCCAUCUUCACCAGCAAUAACUCAUGCAGCGGCCUGCGCAGCUGCCAGCUCUUCCUCAGCACCGUCCCUGUGCUGUGGACCCUCCUGGGCUCCUAGUGCCCAAUGGGACGUUGGCCCCGCCCUGAUGGCCCACCUCCGAGACCAAAUAGAGACGCCGCUUCUCCCACGACUGGUGCUGCUUCGCCGGGCAGGGGGCUGUCCACCCGCCCCAGGGCUGGAGGGGGGUGAGGGCAGCCGAGGUCCCUCCACCCCGUGCCAGAGGGGCCGGGUGUCUGCUCAGCUGGCCAUGCUGUCUUGUCCGGGGGACCUGCUGAACCCUGGGAUCUCUUGGUGACGUUGGUUUUUGUUUUUGCUUUUUAAGUGUAUUUUUCAUGGUUGCAUCAGAAAGACUUGAGUUUUUAAUUUAAUUUAUUCCUUGCUGUCACCUGUGACUUUGGGAAGGAAACAGAAUAGACAGAUGGGGCAGGGGUCCCUGGCCCCCUUGAGGGGAGGGGGAUUGGGGCACCCCUGGCCUGGUCACUCCAUUUGUUGGGUCCUGGGUGGAGGCAACCAUGGAAUGGAACCCCAGGUGCCAUGGGACAGGCUGGCCUGAGGCAGAAGGGGUGGGUGGUGAGUCCCCCCGAUUCUGGUCCGGGGCCCUCAGACCCCUGUUCUGCCAGCUCUACCCUCCUCCCUCCUGGUGAUUGUCUCCUAGAGCAGAAAACCACGGGGUUUCACCAGCAGCCACCAUGGAGCCCCGGCACCCUCAAAAUCAUAGCAUUACAACGUCUUAGAGAUGACGUAGGCCCCACCUGUCCCCCCAGCCUCACACAGUCGCCCCCGAGACCGAGAAGAUGUUAUAUUUCUGUAAAUAGAGCCAGCAAGUAUAUACUGUGAUUUAUUUUUACUGUAUUCCUGAGGAUGGACUGGAAUGUUUCUUUUUCUCUCACCCCUUCAUGGGGGGGCGCUUUUAUUUUGAUGGGGGGGUUGGGGUAGACUUUUUAGCGUAGAAGUCGCACUUCAAAAUAAGCUCCUUUGUCUGUGAGACCCCCUUCCCUCUACUGUAUGACUAAUAAUGUUUGUAAGAAAAGGGAAAACAGGACAAAACAAAACGGGGGGGGAGGGGAACAUCACCACCAAAAAAGAGAAACCCCCUCCCCAAAACACUCUAAUGAAGUAAACAGCGCAUUUAUACAGAUUUCAUAUUUCUACCCGCCUUUCCUGAUCUGUGUUUUAUAUAUAUUAUAUAUAAAUAUAUAUGGCGUGUGGCCGCCGGGAGAUGGCUCGGGCACGCCAGUGGGGGACUUUUGUAGGGGUCGUGGGCGUGCGGCAUUGCCACGCCUGGAGCUGGCGACGGGCCCCGCCCCCCCAUCACAAUCAACUUUGGAUUCUGUAUUUUUUUAUAAUAAAAUAAGCGUAAGCAUC